GUUAUUAUCGUAAAUAGUAAAUACAUUGUAAAUUAAACAUUACCCUGUAUUCUCUAAUUACUAGUUAUUAAUUAUCUAUAGGUACCUACUGUUAUAUAGUUAUGUUAAGGGGCGGACUGGCCCAGGGUGCUAUAAACCAGGCAGCACCCCGGGCCCCCACUUGUAUUUAUAAUACAGGCCCCGAUUACCAUUUUCGAGCCCUUUCUUAUUUAACUUUUAUUGUAAUGUAAAACUCUUUCCUAAUUUAAAUAAGUUUAAAAAAAAUUUACGGGCCCCUAAUUAAUUUGUCACCCUGGACCAAAAGUAGCCAGUCCGCAUCUGGUUAUGUAUGAUAGAUCGUUUAGUUUAAAUACGAAUUCUACACGUCGCGCGUCGUUCGAAUGAGGAACAAGGUAGCCCCCCCCCCCCCCUCAGAGCUCGCACAGCAAACUCACAUAUAAUUCCACAGUUGUAAGAAAUAUUUAAGGCUUAUACAUAUGUAUAAAUAAUUUGAAAAAUUCGGGCAAGUGUACCUCUCUGAUGUGCUGCAAGUGUCGAGUGGGUCACUAUAAUGAAUGUGUUAAAUUUGAAUUCGGUGAUAUAAAAUCAUAAGUAUACGGAAAUCAUUCUGAACGAAACCGUCUGUCAGCCUAUAGGCUAUAAUAGCUAUAUUAGUAUAUUACUACUAAGUAUUUAUUAAGUAUAUUUUGAGAUAUUAGUGCUAUUUAAGUAUUUUAUUUAUUUUUUAUUACUAUUACUAAUACAUAGGUUAUAGGUAGUAAGUUAAAUUAACGAUCUUCGAAAACAUUGCAUUUGAAAAUAUUAUUGUGUUUAAAAUAUACAAAUAUACCUACCUAAAAAAUUUCAAGUACCCACAAAUAAGUUUUAAAUUACAAUAAAAUAAUAAAAUUAACAUCGUUAUUUUUCGUUUAAAUAUCUAAUUUUGUCCAAACGAACUUCAAAUGUGUGUAAAGAAAAAUUGUGUUAAUAUAUUUUUUAGAUUUUUUUGAUACCUUGAUAUAUAUUUUCAUUCCUUAACUAUAUAAGUUUAAAAUUUUAUAAAUUUCCAACUACAAAAUAAUUUGCAAAUGUUCGUAAUUUUGUCGUCAACAAUUUAGUUCGUAAUGUUGUCGUCAACAAUUUAACAUCAAUUGCUUCAAAGGUGGAAAUCCAUUAAAAUUUCUGGGAGGGCUAACAUUAUUAACAUCAAUGUGAGCGGGAGGGCUUCGAUCCAAUAAAACUAAAAAAAGGGGGCUUGACAGAAAUUUGGGGGCUAAGCCCCCUCAAGCCCCCCACACGAUUUCCGAUGAAUUGUUUAUAAAAAAAAUUGUGCCUAUGUAUGCUUAGUAUUUUUUAAGUUCUUAACAACUUAUGUGAUACCUUGUAUAUAGUUAUAUUAAAUUUUCAAGUUUUUUGAUCAAGCAAAAAAAUAUUUACUAACAAUAAUUUCUCAUGACAUAAAGAGUCAAAAUAUUUUGAAAAUGGUUAUAUUAACAUUUUUUAAGUUAAACCAAAAUAAUAAAAUUAGUUGUACGUAAAAAUUCAUAUUUUCCCUUAAUUGUUUUUGUUCUUCUGGAUGCUUUUGAAAACUACUGGGAAUUAUUUUUACUUUUUACUAUUUUAUUUUUCACGGGGAUUAGAAAGUUUUACCUACCUAUAUUAUGGCAGCGUGUAAUUUUCGGGAAGAUGUUCGUCUAGAACAAUCAAAUUCAAGAAAAUAUUUGUCGGGAAUGCUUUUGUGAUGAGACCUAUAUAAUAUUUACAGGAAAAUUAUUCUAAGGAAUUGAAAAUUUAUGAAAAUAAAAAUCAGGAAAAUAAUACACUAAUUAUUUACACAAUAACAUUUUUUAAGCAUUUAGAUUAAUUCUAUACUAUUGCCUUUUUAUAGUUAUUACCGUAUCAAUAUAAUAAUUAAUAAAAAUAUAUUUGUAUGAUAAUAUAGGCUGGCAAAUCUCCCGCGCUCAGAAUCGUGUUCCGUAUCACAACAAUUUAACAUAUUACAUUACUGAGUACUGUGACCUACUCAAUGACAACUGACAAGUUAGUAGGAACACUCGACUCCUACUGUAUACUGAAUAGCAGAGCAAUAGAGUCAUAGAGCGGUUACCUACAUUGGCUACAUUCCCCCACCACUUUUUGUUCAUUUAUUAUACUAUAAUAUAUACCACAGUCCGCAGGGAGGGGCGGCCGCGUGGAGUCAUCCAAAUUUGGUUUGACAAAAUUGGAGGGAAUAUUGUUAUUUUAUUCAUACAAGUACAGAACAUUUGGAAGAUCCCGCGCGUAUAGUAUAUUAUAAUUAUUACAUCAUAUCUAAAUGAUAAUCCAACAAUAAAGCUAAGCGCUAUUGAUGGAUUUGAUACUUGUAUAUUAUUCAAAAAUGUACAGGACAAAUAUUUGUUUUGCGUAGGUACAUUUAAAUAAAUGCAACCCACCCUCCCUCCAGAUCACCCAGAUCUUUCCUCUAUAUCCUUCCCUGAUUCGAAUAUAUGCGAAGGUCCAUAUUUCGAAUUUUGAUUGCAACUGCGGUUAUGUUAGAUAUUACAACUCAAUAAUAACAAACGUUACACGCAAUGAUGGAUCGGUGUGAGAACUGUGGAGACGAAUAUGAGCGGUUGCUGAGCGAAGAAGAUGACCGGUCGUCGGCAGCCGAGGAUCAUAGUGACGAGCAUCCACUUCAUCUGCGGCAGCGGCCCGUGGAUACCGGUCGGCGCGUCGCCUACGGCUUCGGACACGUGUUCAACGACAUCACCGCAGCAAUUUGGUUUUCUUACACCAUGGUGUUCAUGCAAAACGUGGUUGGCGUGCCCGGAACUACCGCUGGAUUUCUGCUGUUUUUCGGUCAAACUGUUGAUGCAAUAGCAACACCAUUUGUGGGAAUCAUGGUUGACAAAUUCGGAAAAAAGAAAAAUUGGGUGCUUUUAGGCACAGUAAUGGAAGCAAUAAGUUUUCCGUUAAUAUAUUACGUUUGGAAUCUGUCCAUAGUCGUAGCUAUCUUGCUUUAUAUUUGCUCGAUAUUAAUAUUCCAAAUGGCAUGGGCUCUUGUUCAAAUUUCCCACUUGUCGUUGAUACCAGAGCUGACUGAUUUGUCUUUAGAGAGAGGCAAAUUAACUUCAAUAAGAUACGUAUUCACAGUAUCCACGAAUAUUUUAAUGUUCAUCAUCGCUUGGUUAGUGUUCAGAGGUGUACGGAAUAACGGAAAUAUGGGUAGUCUCAUUGGUCCUAACGAUUCAGAAAAAUUUCAAAUGUUAGCGUUAAUUGCUACAACGAUUGGAGUGUUCUCUGCGUUUAUUUUCCACGGGCUAUUGAAAAGCCCACGAAUUACCAAUACAAAGUUGAUGUACAGGCAGAAUCGACAAAUAAAUUUCGAUAAAAUACUUACAUUCUGUAAAAACAUUCAGCUGUAUCAAGUGGCUGUUGUGUUUACGACUUGUAAGCUACUGAUAAAUAUAGCUCUGAUCUAUAUACCACUUUUCAUCAACGAAUCGGCAAUUGACGAAUCUGGUACCAUUGCUAGCAUACCAUUAGUGGCGUAUGUGUCUUCUUUGAUCACAUCUAUAGGCGUGGAAUACGUUAAACCAUGUUUUAAAUCUGAUAAAGUGAUCUUUACAAUCGGUAGUAUAAUAUCGAUUUUUGGAUCAUUAUUGGUAUUUUUCAAUCCUAAUAACGAACUGACUUAUCACUACUUAUGCUUAGCUGCAGUAUGCUUUGGUUCAGGAAGUGCAAUAACUUCAGUGUUAAGCCUUAGUGUCACUGCAAACCUUAUAGGAAAUGAUACAGAUUGUGGAGCUUUCAUAUACAGUUCAGUCACAUUUUCUGAUAAAUUGAUUAAUGGUUUAGUCAUCAUUGGAAUAGAAUUCAUGAAAUGCACAGACUUGGAAAAAUGCUCUCAUUAUUACAGAGAUGUUUUGGCAUUUAGCAGUGGGUCACUUGCACUAAUUGGUUUAUUAGUGUUUUUAACAAUACCAAAAAUACUUAUAAAGGCAACAAAGAGAUCAUCAUCUCAUAUAGUUAUUUGAAAUUAAAUUGUACAAAUAAAAUAUGUUCCUCUACUAUUUUAGGGUUUAGAAAUAUUUUAAUUAUUUUAGUAGUUGAUAAUAACGUAUAAUGUAAAUACACCUAAUAUAUUUUAUUAUAUGUGCAUAUGUUAAUUCUAUAUUUCUUACAAACACUUAAAAGAUAUUACAACU